UGGUCCACAAAACACCGGUUAUGACGUGGUCUGAAGCAAUUGGACAGCCAGCCCAGACGUGAAACAUGAAAAGAAGGAUCCGUAAAAGACAAGAAGAAAGCCUUAAGGUUGCAAAUGGACAAACGGUUCUUGCUUUUCCUCGCGUGCGCACUGUUGCAUGGCAUUAGUGCCGGUAAAACACAGGAUGUUCGAUUAGACGAACUGACGGCAGACGUGGUUUCCGACUUUGUAAUGUCAGUGGAGUUCAGCAGCGCGCGCUCUGUGUGCAGGCCCGUACCGAUUGACAUGACUCUUUGCCGUGGAAUUGGGUACGCGCACAUGCGGCUUCCCACGCUGCUUGGCCACGAGAGCGCGCGUGAAACGGUGCAACAAUCCGGCGCGUGGCUGCCUCUGGUCCAUAAACGGUGUCACCAAGACACCACCCGGUUCCUGUGCUCGCUCUUCGCCCCCGCGUGCCUGUCGAGGCUCAACAUGCCCGUGCGCCCGUGCAGGAACCUCUGCGAGAACGUGCGCAACGCGUGUGCGCCUGCCAUGAACGCUUUUGGUUUUCCGUGGCCGGACGCGUUUAACUACCGCUUCCCCGGAUUUAAUACCACACUGUGCGUUCCCGGAAGUGAGGACUCCAGGCGCAGCCAACUGGAGGUUCUUGACGUCAUUCAAGCAUUCAGACUUCAGAUUGGUUCCUCAUCCCUGGAGGGCGGGGACCUACGGUUAGAACCUCAGGGGCGGAGUCGGGUCCUGCGUUCGGAAGGUGGAGUUAUGCAGCAACAGGUGGCAAUGCAGCAGAGCGCCCUCUGGCUGACAGACGCCGCUAACUAUUCAUGUCAGGCGCUGGAGGGCCGGAGUCUUGGUCCACUACUGGCAGUGGGAAACACGGAAGGUGGACGCAUUGUUCUCUCCUGACUUGUGAAAUGGCCACACCACGAGAAAGAGCUAAAAAGGUUUACAAGGAAAUUGAGCAAGAAGCCAUGCUGAAAUUCCUACAAAUAAUUGUAGAAUUUUUUCUAGUGGUGUGUCACUUAGCACUGCCCUAACUUUAGUCCUUUUCACUAUUUAAAAAAAACCAACUAAAUAUUUAACACUAAGGCCUUGUAUUUUCUGUGUCAUGUGGAAGGAACAUUUUUUUUUACUUUUUAAGGAAUUAAAUAUAUUUAUUUUUUAGAAAAUAGAUGAACACCCAAUUUACUGCCAGCGUGAAGGGGAUAAUAUUUACUAGCAAACAUGGAUAAUGGUUAGAAUUAUAUAUAAUUGUAAUUAGUCUAAUCUGAACUAGCUUUCUGGUGCUUGGGUUUACUUACAAAACAUAAUUUGCCUGACACUAGCUUGCUUAUUUGGAAACUUAGCUAGAGACUAAAGUCCAGUAGUUACUGAGAGCUAAUAUCAGCUUUGCUAACUACACAGCAGUGUUGACUUAACACAUGUGCACUUCAGGAUUUUUGGCUGCUUACUGAUAAUAGCUUUAAAUGUAUUAGUUAUACUUUUACCAUUACUAUAAUUUUUAGGAAGUUUUUAAUCAAAGAUUAUACUAAAGAUUUUUUUUUUUUAACAAUGAACCAUUUUCACAAUAAAAACCUCUGUGACACA